GUUGGUGGUAUGGAAAAAUCACUACGGGUAGACUUGAUAUAGAAUAAAAGAAUACAAUUGACUGAUAAAGGUCAGACAUGAAUGGUCCACUAGCAUCGUAGACGAUGUUUAUAAUCAAUAGGACAUUGACCGAUUAAUAUUCUUUCUUUGUGUGCACAUCGUGUUAGCACAUUGUAACGAUUCAGUUUAUCUCUAAACCGAAAAAUAUGGACCCGUGUAUAACAUUACGACUUCUCUUAAAGAUCGGUUGUAUUUUUCGGCAAAGAAAACAAAGGAUGUUGCGUUUUUAAAUACGUAGUUAUAAAACCCACUACAGUCAUGGAGAAGUGACACAUAAUCACAUGAUCUAAAUAAGCUUAAGGUUUCCAAGGUCAACGGCCCGGAUACAUCAAUCGCCACUUUAUGCCCUAAUGAGACACAGGGACAAACAGCAAGUUAUUCAUAAUCAUUAAACACUAUGGCAUGUGGCGGAAAUUCCUGUUAUUUUGGAUUUGGAUUGUUCCUGCUCAUACUUGGACUUGUAAUUGAUGUAAUAGGAGUGGCCUCCCCAUACUGGAUUUUAGCUGAAGUUGGAGGGGAAAAGGUUUAUGGAGGAUUGUGGAAAAUUUGCACAUCCGGAUCAGUUGCUACAUAUUCAUUUUCCGGGUGUACCGACUUUGAUGAGGUCCCAGAUUGGUUCAAAGCUGUACGAGGUUUCGGAGUCCUGGGAAUUCUCCUUCUGCUAAUAGCAGUCUUGACUGCGUUUCUUAGAAUUUGUCUGAAGGACAGAGCAUGCGUACUGGUCCUCGCCAUUGUGUUUUCCUUUAUGGCAGCUGUGUGCAAUGUCAUAUCUGUAUCAGUCUUUGGAGAGAAAUACUACGACAUCGUCAAAGACAGCAGUGUUUUCAGCUUUCACUUUGCCUUCGUUUUCUGCAUUCUUUCAAUUGUCAUUUCGGGAAUCGCUGGAAUAUUCAUGAUAGUUGAGGUAGCAAAAAGAUCUUCCUACACAUCCAUGACUGGACGAUAAAUCAGUUUCCUAUGGAAAAAGACACGAUGCGAGCAUUUACAAUUAUUGAUUUACUAGUGUUAGAUUAACACAUUUUAUUCCUAGCAUACUGAAUGUCGUAACGAAAAUGUGUAUUCAGUGAAUUUGGUGUACAAGACAACAACAUCAUUAUAUUUGUUUAAAUAUAUUAUAAUCUGAUGUACAUGUUUGUCCGUGAUUUAUCAUAAAAAUGUUCAAUCAAAAUUUUUCUGUCAUAUUUAUUAUAAUAUAAUGUAAAAGACAC